ACCGAGAAUUGCUGCAGCAAGAUGAUAGCCUGAGAAAGAGGGAUGACGCGGAUCAAGGACCUACUGGAGAGCACGAAGGACACGAAGGACACGAAGGAUACGAAGGACACGGACACCAGGAAGUGGUGCGCGGACCUUCAGGACACGGUGAUGGCAAAGAAAGGAUAAGGUGCAUCAUCGAAGAGAAAAUGGAAAACGCAACUCUCGUGAUGCAAGGCUCUCUCUCAGAAUGGAAUAUUUUAAACCGCAUAUAUGGCCUUCUAACGCCAAACGCGACCGCCUGGAGUCAGGAAAAAGUCCGUGAGAUUGUCAACAUCUGCAAAAUGAGAUCAGAACAAAAUUUGUACGGUGUAGCUACAAACUGCAGCUCGGGCGCUUCUGAUUGGGCAAAGUGUCUUCAUCUCCAGAUGAUUGUGGAAUGCCCGGACGAGUACUGGAACCACAGUGACCAGUGCAACAGCCUGAAGGAAUACCUUGUCACGUGUCCCAACGGCCCACCGCCGCCUCCACCGCAGGGAGUCUGUGUCUUGUAUUCCCCAACGCCGAACAUUCCCAUUUUGGGAUUAAUCCGGAAUGGACUGAAAAAAACCGUAAUGCAUCUCACGAGGAACAUGCCGCAAGAAGCCGGGGAUUAUAUUUCUGGGAGCGUUCACCGGUAAAUGCAGUAGGUCUGCCGCGCCCGAGAGGUGACUGCGGCGGACAUAGUCUACCUCCGAGCAGUCGGCGCGGCGUACAAGACUACCAUUGCAAGUCUCUCAUCACACAUUCAAUUGGAAAGAUUCAAGACCCAGCGGGAUCAACGCUUUGAGCCGUGACUGCAAUUAAUCCAACUGAGCAAACCUCCGCUAGCUUUUUAAAGAGCCAAUACUUAUUUUGGAACGUGUGAAUUGGUACUUAUGUGCUGUAAAACCUAUUAAAAUUGUUUGACAUUGCA